AUGGGCUUCCCUAACCAUCGCAACAUCUACAUCAUCGGCGCUCAAUGCACCGGUAAAACAACCCUCGUCAACGCCCUCGAGAAAUAUUUCACCACCACCCAACCGUCAUCGAAUGCAUGCCCUCCUCCCGUUAUCAUCCGCGAAGUAGCCCGCUCCGUCCUUCGCACCCAUGCCUUUACGGCUGCUGAUAUUAGGUCCUCCUGCGACCGAGCUCUCGAGCUACAAACACUCAUUCUCCACGCCCAAGUCUCUGCAGAGCGUCACGCUCUUGACACGGCGGGCUGGUUCAUCUCGGAUCGCUCGGGCGUGGAUUCGAUCUGUUACGCGCUUACCUACGCUGGGGAAGGAGGGGCUUCAUUACUGCUUGCCAGUGAAGAAUGGCGCGACUUGAAAAAGAGGAUGGCCGAGGCUCUCGUCGUCGUCUGCGAGUCUGGCGCAGAUUGGCUUCACGAUGACGGCGUAAGGCUGAUGCCGCUUGAACUCAACGAAUGGAUCGGUCUUCAUAACGCGUUUUGUAAUCUGAUGAAUGAUUUGGGCUUGGCGUUUGUCGUCUUGCCUUCCAAUAUGACGGAUCUCGCUGACAGGGGCAGCAUGCCGUUCUGGACGCGCGGCAGUGCCAUUGACGUGCACGGCGUGUCACUGGUGGUGUCCUACUUUGCGGAUGUUAGCCAGCAGCAGGCGGCGGAGGACGGAAAUUUGAAUCUGAUCACCUCCCAACACCCCAACGGAUUCGACUAG